UCGUCCUAUAUAAGCUGCUUACCUGUACCUUGACUUGCUCUCUCCCAGGUCCGUCUGCUCUGCGCGGCGUACUCAACACAAACAGCAACAACUAGCCCCAGUUGGCACCUCACCACAUACCUAAUCUCUCUAUCGCCAAGACCAUCGAGCUCAAAUACUUAGCACCAUGUCAAACCUGAAAUACUUCAACUACUCCGACUUCACCCUCACCCUCUCCAACCAGUCGCACUACAGCCAAGCAGUGCGGAUCGGCGACCGCAUCGAGUGUUCAGGUCAGGGCGGCUGGGACCCCAAGACCGGCACAAUCCCCAGCGACAUCACCGCCGAGCUCGAGCAGGCCUUUGCCAACGUGGACGCGUGCCUGCGCAGCGCGGGGGGCAAGGGGUGGAGCCAGGUAUACCGCGUCAACCUGUACACGACCGAUCUUAGCGAGGCAGCCAUGACGGCCUGGGCUGGGUGCAUGCAGAAAUGGUUGGGUCCCGAUCACCGGCCCAUACUGACCGGUGUCGGGGUUGCGAAGUUGGCGUUGCCGGGCAUGAGGUUUGAGAUUGAGGUUGUUGCGUAUGAUCCUGAGCCUGAAGGUGCGGCGAGGGGUGCGAACUGAUGGAGGGUAUGAGUUAUGACUAUGGGGUUGUCUGUUGUACAUAUGUACAUAUGUACAGUACAUAUUGUACAUGAUGUAUGGCAGAAUUCUUUACCUGUUCAAAUAUAGGGAGCUUUGUGCACCUGCAGUCAGCAAGUUUUAGUCGUUUGCAGAAUGCAGAUACGUUUGCUUUCUGUACUACUACCCUACUGACUUCGUUCAGCAAGGUUCAGCUUCGACUGCUGCCGUGAAUGUCUUCAGCUGGUUCGGAGAGGAUUGGCGAGUGACAGAAUCACUAUAAGCUAAACAGUGUCCUUGAAGAAGUUGCAUCAAGCGUCGCCAUGCUCACUUGUUUGGGUUGGUACCUUGAUGCACAUCGUAGGCUGUCUGGUAACGCCGAAGG